GAUCUCCACUGGAGAGCCCAAGCGGCACUACAUCUCUGAAGCAGUUCGCCAUGUGCAGAUGCGUCAGGGAACGAUUGGUAUCAAGGUGAAGAUCAUGAUGUCGCACGACCCUGAAGGCAAGAUGGGUCCGAAGAUGCAACUCCCGGAUAACGUGAUUGUGCACGAGCCAAAAGAGGAAGCUCCUCCCAUGAUGCCGCCGCAGGAGGAAUCAUAUGGCUACGACCAGCAGGAGGGCGGCUACUGA